AUGUGCGAUAGUCCAGGAUCAUUGACAGUAGAAUUUUUGAAAUUAAUUGAAUGCUUGUCAAAUGGUAACGACUCAGGGUUGAAUGGAAACACUAUCUUCACAAUUCCCUAUCGUACAGAGGAACUAUCCAAAGAAACACAAUUAACUUCGAAAUUAGAAACCGAAUUAGUUACUCUUCUGGACGAGUUUGACAUCUCUGAACCCCUCAAAUUUAAUCUUUAUGAUGUUCUUAAGGAAUACGAUGUUUACUUUAACGCUAGAAAUAAAAAACCUUUCCAAUAUGUUAACGAGAUUGUUAUGAAUGCCACUCUUGGAUCCAAAGACAUCUCCUCUGUGUUACAACUUUUGUUUCUCCUUAGAGAUAAGGCUUGCCUUCCAGAGAGUCAACUCACUAAUGGAGCCAUAUCCGAUAUAUCUGAUAAUAACUUGCAACUCAACAAGGAAAAUAUUGAAGAGUUAAUGCCGGAUGAAUUUUUAUCAUCCCAAUUACGCCAAUUAUACUAUUCUCCACUUAUACUUGAUUCUGAAACUGGACUUACUCCAACUAAUGUCAAUAUACAAGGUUAUAAUGGCGUACCAACUGAUAAGAAUCAAUUGAAUGAUAUAGCGAAUGUUACAGAAAUUACUAAAUCGAAUUCUCCAAAUACAUUUGUUAAUGGUGAUAGCAAUGUUUUAUCAGAGACUGAUCUGGUCCUUGAUUUGAUUAAUGUCCUCAAAGGAGUUGAUGGUAAAUAUAUCAAGAGAAUGAAAACAGAGUGCCGUUUGGUAAAUUCUACCCUCAAAAUCUCCACUGAUUUUAAAAUUGCCAUUGUCAAAAUUACUUUUAUGGCCAAAUUGUACCAUACUAUUAAACUGUACCUGAGUCAAUUGAACUCUUUAAAUCCCAUCAGUUCACAAAGUCAACACAAUCUUAAAAAGUUAACUGAUUAUAUAAAGCUUUUGAACUUGUUAUUAAAUUCCGAAGAUUCCUUGACCCUUUUGAAGCUGUUUGAGUUACUCCAUAAACCUUAUCGGAAGAUUAGAAUAAUAUACUCACUUCUAUCUUGUGACCGUUUAUCGCCUAACUUCUUGUAUAAAUUCACAUUCACUGGGAAUUCAGAACUCCGUAGGAUGUAUUUACGCUUGCUGAAGAAGUCUUUAAUCCCUUUUUUUGAAGCCAUUUUCCAGUGGUUGUACUUGGGAGAGUUGUCUUCAGACUCAUCUCAUAUUGGCUUUUUCAUUAAUUUUUCAGAGGGGUACUUCAAAUUUGAUGAUUCGAAGCUAUUUCUUUUCUUUCCCAGAACUCUGGCCAAAGAUAUUUUCGAAAAAGGGUUACUUUUAAACCAGUUGAAUAGGAUGAAAAAAACCAAUCCAACUACUACUACCCUCAACACUUUUCUUCAACUUCUUAAUCUCCAGUCUGAAUUAAGCCAAUUACAGAAUAUGAGUAACACUGACACUGAUAAUAAGUAUACUGAAGAUACAAAUACUAAGGCAACCCCUUUCGGGGCUGGUACUGAUACAGUAAAUAACAAUAAUGAAAUUAAUGAAAUUGAUGAAGAAUGGACCUUGGAAUGUACUUUAACCAGCUUGAAGAACAUAGUUUCAACCCUUAAAUAUUCUGAAGAGAUUGCAUCUUGUUUCAUAAAAGAAUAUCAACUAUUUGAGUACACUAAAAAUGUUCUGUUACGUAUUAUAACUCCUAGCUCUCCUCCUAUGAACAAUUACUCAACUAAAAACAACAUAAAUACUUUUAGUAGUAAAAUUUUAAGUGAAGAUGUGGACCGAAGAGACCAUUUAGAGGUUAUCUCUUCAUUUCCUUAUAGUUUGUUAUUUGGUGAUAGUUAUGAGUUUUUUAAUAGUUUGUUGUCCUUAUCAAGACUAUUUAAUUCUGCUGUUGAUUUCCUCAACCAGAUGUUUCUAGACUAUCUUUGGUUUUAUAGGCUCAGCACUGGCAUUUUAGACCUGUCUUCCUUCUUUAACAAGAUUAACCUUUAUAGGAGUGAGAUGCUAAGUUUUCUGUUUUCAGUACAGCCUUUUUAUGAUGUUCAAUUCUAUUUUGCGCUAUUUCAAGAGGAUCUUCAACUCUCCAAAGACCUCAGUCAACUCCGUCAUUCACUCUCAAGGUUUAAAAAGAACUUAAAAUUUCAGCCUUUCCCAUUACUGACAACCUGUUUCAAAAACAUUCUGGAUUUCUCCUCUUCUGUUUUACGCAUUUUCACUUCUCUCAAUAACUUCGAUCACACUUCCAAUGGAGCUAUCAUUAAUAGUGGUAAUAGUUUUAGGAACUACUUACAUGGGUUGAUGGAUACUAUGGAGCCAGUGAACGUUGUAAAGCACCUUGAAGAUAAACUUAUUGAUGACUCUUCUUCAUGGGCUAUUUUACAUUAUGCUUUGGAAUUUCGUCAAAAUGUUACUAAUUUAUCUGGGCAUCCUUUUAUACCACCUUUGAUGGGCAUUAAUAAUUAUUAUAUUAUUAAUAAAUCUAAAUAG